AUGACCCCUAACUUUUCCUGUGUUGGAAGUUUUCGGGUAGUCCUUUAUGGACUCCUGGUGUCGUUCUUCCGCUGUGUGAUGCUCCAAGCCACGGACUGGAACCCGGGUGGAUUGCACUUAGGGACACGGAUGGAGAUUCAUGGGAGGUAUAAAAAUUACACCUGGCCACACAGGGACUUAGCGUCCGUCGUCGCUGGAGACGUGGUCUUAGGAGCGUUGCAUAUGAUCCAUGCAAGGAGUGAGGACAAGGUGUGUGGACGUAUCAUGGCUCAGGGUGGGAUACAGGCUCUCGAGACGAUGUUAUAUACCCUGGAUUACAUCAACAGCAACGAAAGCGAUAUUUUACCCGGAAUUCGUCUUGGAAUCCUCACCAAGGACGACUGUGACAGGGAUAUAUACGGCCUAGAGCAGGCUGUAGAUUUUAUCAGAGGAUCUAUAGCCAACAUUGGUGGGUCCUCCUACAAGUGUAAAGAUGGCUCCAAUCCGGAAAACGACGUAAGGAUUAUUUCUGGUGUGAUAGCAGCGCCCUCUAGCGUGACAUCUAUCCAAGUGGCCAACCUACUGAAGCUCUUCCGUAUUCCACAAGUCAGCUUCUUCUCCACAAGUCCAGUGCUGAGCAACAGGGAACGCUUCCCCUACUUCCUCCGUACGAUCCCAUCUGACGUCAACCAGGCCCAGGCUAUGGUCGAGCUGGUCAAGAUGCUCAAGUGGACGUACGUGUCCGUGGUUUACGAGGAGUCCAGCUACGGCAUGCAGGGUUUUAACGAGGUGGAAAAGCUGUUGAAGGAGAACGGGAUCUGUCUGGCCACCACAGAGAAGUUGCUGAAAGACUCCGGUGUGGCCAGCGGCGAGGCAUACGACACCAUCGUCGACAGACUGCUGCAGAAGGUUAACGCUAGAGGGGUGAUCAUAUUCGGGUCUGACCAGGAAGUGGGGGAGCUGAUGGAGGCAGUAAACCGGAAGAAGGCAACAGGGACGUUUGCCUGGAUAGGAAGCGACGGCUGGGGAGGAAGAGGAUUGGCGUUCAGGGGGAAAGAGGACCAGGUUGAGGGAGCGAUUACCGUGCAGCCAUUAGCCAGUGAAGUGGAGGGAUUCCGGGAGUACUUCCGGAACUUAAGGCCUCAGACCAACCUGAGGAACCCAUGGUUUGUCGAGUACUGGGAGGAAUACUUCAAAUGUAAAUAUCCCGGAAGUGCAUGGACGCCAUUUAAUGAAAAUUAUACAAAAGUCUGCACCGGCACCGAGGAGGUUACGGAAGAAAACGGAUUUGAACUUGAAGGCCAACUUCAGUUUGUCAGUGAUGCUGUGAUGGCCUUCGCCUACGCAGUAAAGGCUGUGCAGGAGCAGGUCUGUGGAGGAGGAUACGAGGGGAUAUGUCCAGCCAUGGAGAACAUUGACGGCGAUCUGCUCAAGAAGCACCUGCUCAACGUGUCCUUCACCGGUUUAUCCGGACAACACUUCCAGUUUCUGUCCAAUGGCGACGGCCCGUCGCGAUAUCGCAUCCUCAACUUCCGGCGGAAUGACGCAGGUCACUUUGAAUGGGCGACCGUCGGCUACUUCCGGGACGGCAAUCUGACAAUCGUAAGUCUUCGAACAUCCCCCCUCCAGUUCCGGGUGGAAGAACCCAGCCACCCCGAGUCCGUCUGUAACAAGCCAUGCGCCUUCUACGAGGCAAGACUCCCAUUCGAAGGAGACCCGUGCUGCUGGAUGUGUAGCCCCUGCAACAAGUACCAAUACCUUCCUACCAAGGACGCAUGUGUUGAAUGUCCAUGGGGCACGCUACCAUCCUGGUUGAAAGACGAAUGUAUUGAGAUCCCUCCCCGCUAUCUGCAAUACCAUGACGGAAUCGCCAUUGCUGCAAUGACAUUCGCCUCCCUGGGAGUGAUAGGCUCAUCUCUAGUCGCCUUGGUGUUCUUCAUCUACAGUGACACUCCUGUGGUCAAGGCGUCUGGCCGCGAGCUCAGCUUCGUCCUUCUGGGCGGUAUCCUCUUCUGUUAUGCAAUCACCUUCGUAUUGGUGUCGAAGCCCAUGACGUAUACAUGUGGAACUCAGAAGAUAGGAAUGGGGCUUUGUUUUUCCGUAUGCUACUCUGCCAUUUUGACAAAGACGAACCGAAUAUCUCGGAUAUUUCGAGCUGGAAAGAGGACAGUGAAAAGACCCAAAUUCAUCAGUCCUGAAUCUCAGCUGGUCAUAUGUGGUAGUUUAGUGUGUGUCCAGAUACUCAUCGGACUCGUGUGGCUCCUGAUAAGCCCGCCUAAGUCUAUACCCUAUUACUCCAACAGAGACGACCAUCAGUUAGUGUGUGAAGGAGCUGUAGGAUACACCUAUAUGAUAGGCUUUUCAUAUCCCAUUCUUCUAGUGACAGUAUGUACAUUUUACGCGUUGUUCACACGCAAAAUACCAGAAGCCUUCAACGAAUCCAAAUACAUCGGGUUUACUAUGUAUACGACAUGUAUCAUAUGGCUAGCGUUUGUCGUCAUCUACUUCACGACAGCCAGUAAUAUUCAAAUGAGACUCGCCACCAUGUGCUUCUCCAUCAGCCUCAGCGCCACAGUUGCGCUUGUAUGUAUGUUCACCCCCAAACUGUACAUAAUCCUUCUACACCCCGAGAGGAACGUUCGUCAGUCCAUGAUGGCCAAGGCAGCCUUCACCAAACCUAACAAUGCUUCCGCCUUGAGAGUUGAUUCUGGUACGCAAUCUGACGAGGUCGAGAUGACUCAACGCUUGAAGUCUUCCGGGUCAUUCAGCAGUGCGUUCAGCAGGUCUACAAGCGCCACUCAAACAUACAGCAACGGCAACAGCAUCAGCACGCAGACGUUGGACAGCAUGGAACAGGUGUUCGACGACGAGGAUGUUCAACUUUAAAAAUACA